AUGCAAUUGUAUGGAAACUGGAAGGCGGCUGCACGGGAACGCACCGCGCAUCCUGAGGGAAGUGUGGCUCCGCCUCGUCCCGUGGAGCAGCGCACACUGAUGGGACGCUUCCACGUUGUACCGCUGGUUUCCUGGAGCCAAUUCAUCAUAUUCUCCCAUGUGCUGGACAAAGGGAAGGCCAUCGCCCCAAGUGUGGAACACGGGGUGCCACGGCGAAGCAUGUUCGGACGGCGAGGCGAAACCCUGCUCUGCAUUGUUCUUCUCUUAUGUGGAGACGUUCAGUUAAACCCGGGACCCGUGGUCCUGCCUAUGGCCUCUCAACAUCAACCACAGGUCAUCGGAUCUGGAAAACAACAAAUCAACAAACAGCAAGGAGGAAUUGAAAUGAAGAACGUGAUCAUUAUCAAGCAUCAACCAUGA